CGCGCGCCCUGCUGUCGGAGAAGGAGGACGCGGAGCGCGCGCGCCGCAGAUCUGCUCGGUUCAACUUCACCUGCUGCCUCGGUCCUGCGCAUGCGCACUGAGGAAGCGGACUAACGCGGAUUGUUUGAUGUUUCCCCUUCACUCUCUCCCACUGCGGUGAAGUGUGUCGCAGGUCGCGCUCGUGCACGGUGCGGACAACAACCGGAGGAGGAGGAGGAGAUGAUGAAGAUGAUGAUGAUGGCGGCGCGGUGUAGAGGAUGAAGGAUGGUCGCGGUGGUGUCGCCCCACGCAUGGCCCGAUCAACAAGCCGAGGCUCCGGGGGCGAGCGGGAGGCGGCGGAGGCGCGCGAGCUGUCCCUGGAGGAGGUGCUGCGCUCCUACGAGCAGCCGCUGAAUGAGGAGCAGGCCUGGGCCGUGUGCUACCAGUGCUGCCGCGGGGAGCGCGCGCACACCGCCCGGGGCCGGGACCGGGACCGACACCACGCCAAGGGGCCCGAGUCCAUCCUACUGCACCGGGACGGUACCGUCACCCUGCGGCCCGGCACGCGCACCUGCACCGCUGAUGGAGAAGCUGUACCUGCUCCACCUUUCCAGGAGAGCCAGUUGGUCCAGUCCAUGGGCGUGGCUAUCUACCGUGCUCUGGACUGGGGAUUGGCUGACAGUGAGGAGCGUGAGCUGAGUCCACAACUGGAGCAGCUGAUUGAGUGCAUGGUGGCGGGGGAGGAUGACGAGUCUGCUGAGUGUAUCAGCAACACUGCGAAGGAUGAAGGCUACAGCGGCCCAGAGGAUGAGGAUGAAGAGGAGGAGGAGGAGGCUGGAAGCAUACAUGCAGUGCGCACUCUUCGACAGGUGAUGACGCUGUGUGCCAGGAGACUGGCCAACCCGGCUGUGGCUCCAGAGCAUUACCAGGCCGUGUGUAGAGCGCUGUUCCUCGAGACUCUGGAGCUUCAGACCUUCCUCUGCAGGAUCAGAGACGCCAAGGAGAUGUUGAGCAGAAUCAGGACGGAGGAGUCUCAGGAGGAGCGCUGUGCUGCUGAACUGGACAACCUCAAACACACAGACUGGGCUCGGUUGUGGGUGCAGUUGAUGCGGGAGCUCAGGCAGGGUGUGAAGCUGAAGAAGGUGGAGCAACAGCCAUUCGAUCCUCUGCCCACUGAGUUCAGCCUCACGCCGUUCGAGAUGCUCAUGCAGGACAUCCGGUGUCGAAGAUACACACUGCGCAAAGUGAUGGUGGAUGGAGAUAUUCCCACCCGAGUCAAACAGAAUGCUCAUGAACUCAUCCUGGACUUCAUCAGAUCCAGACCUCCACUCAAACCUGUGUCCGAGCGCAGUCUCCCCCCACGGCCGCAGGAGCAGCAGUCUCUUCACGAGCGUGUGUUAGCCGAAAUCCGUCAGGAACACAAACUGCGGCCGGUGGAGAGGCGGAGCUCCAAGAGACCGUUUGGUUCUCUCCCCUGUCUGGCUUACGCCUGUCACUGUGACCUCAAAUCCACUUCCUGUAUUGACCUGUCAAUCACAGAAGCUGGGCUCCGCCCUCUGCCUCGACCCCGUGUGCUGCUGAAAGCCCCCACACUUGCCGAGAUGGAGGAGAUGAACCUGUUUGAGGAUGAGGACUCUCCUGACGGCGGUGAGUGUGUGGAGAGUAUGAUGAAGCGUGAUCGCUCUUUCUCGGAGCACGACCUGGCCGAGCUGCUGCAGAGUGAGACGAAUGAGACGAGUGCCUCAGCGUGUGUGUGUGGAGAGAGACCACGCUCGUACACACACACUGGAACUACACACACACGCCCACACCGAGUUUCACUCCCUGUGAUUGGCUGGUCUCCUGCAUCUCCUGCUUGUCGCUCUCUCAGUGAGGUGGAGGAGAUCAGCGAGGCAUCGGCGCCUUCCAUAAGCCUCAGCACUAACCAGUGGAUGGAGGAGUUCAGCCACCCGGUGGAGAGUUUGGCGUUAACCCUUGAUGAGGUCAUCAGCGUGCGCCGGGUGCUGGUGAAGGCUGAGAUGGAGAAGUUUCUCCAAAGUAAAGAGCUUUAUAACAAUCUGCGAAAGGGCAAGGUGUGCUGCUGCUGUAGGGUGAAGUUCCCCCUGUUCUCUUGGCCUUCUACAUGUCUGCUGUGUAAAAGGUCGGUGUGUGGUUCAUGCAGUGCGAAGAUGAAAAUGCCGUCUAAGAAGCUAGCUCACAUCCCCGUGUACGCCGUGGGCUUCCAUAGCAGUCCGAGGAGCCACAGCCAGCGCAGCGACGUCUACAAGUCUCUGCGCUCGCUGUCCCGCCGUGCCGUUGAAGAUGAAUUUCCGUACCUCUACGUCGCAGGCUGCACUCUGAGAGAUGUUUGCGCCGAAUGCACCAAGUUCAUCGCUGAUGUUGUUUCUUCCAGCCGCCGCAGCCUCGACAUCAUCAACAACACACCGAAAAGAGAGAAGCCACGCCCUCGUCCUGCCUCUCACUACACCCCCAUGCCCCCAAGAGGUGGAGUCAACUAAGACAAUGAUUGACUGAGCAAGUGACCAGUGUUGCUUUGCUGGGCUGCUCCUCUUUAGACACACCCCCUGAAUUGUUGGCCCCGCCUUGGAGUCAUUGAUGUCAAUGAUUUGGACCACUAUAUUCUUGCCUUUGCAGAGUGACCUUUGAACCUUGUGACACUACGAUAUGCAGUUCUGAAUGCUUGAUACUGUUUUGCUGAGCUUGGACACACCCUGACACGCCCCAGGCUGCUGCCACCCUCUGAGUCAAUGCUCCGCCCAGACAAGGACAUGGGCCACUAUAUUCCUGAAGUCCUGCUCCCUUAAAACAACCCCUGAUGUAUGCCUGGUCCCUAGCCACGCCCCUAAUUUAACCACAUUUUUGUUAUCAUUGCUCCAUCCACCCACACAGAGACAAGGCGCCACCAUAUUACUGCCUCAGCACUGUGCCCUUUGACCCUUGUGGCACUAGGAUAUAGUGGUUGUGUUCCAGUAUUAACUGUUCAGCAGUGCUUUGCUGAACAGAUCCCUUAUAUAUGACCUGACACGCCCCCAGGCUGCAGUCCCCGUCCCCUGACCUGAGGUUAGGCUGUACACUCUGCCUACACGAGGAAUGUGUACCACCAUAUUCCUGCCUUUUGGCUCAUUUAAAGCCCAUCUUACUCCCUGGCACUGCCCCAUCAUAACCUGCUGUUUCUUAGUAUUGCUCCGCCCACACAAGGAAGUGCACCACCUUGUUCUUGCCUCAGCUUUGUGACCUCUGACUCUGAUCGAAAUGGAUAUAACAGUUGUGUGUUGACUGAGAGUGAGUGGUGGUGUUUCUUUUUGGCCUUCUCCUUUGGACAUGCCCCUUUAAGCCACACCCUUGAUGUGAUAUUUAUUAGUGUAAACAUCAGCGUUUUCCUGCCUGGCCUAUUGCGGACACACACUAUGUGAGAAACAGGAAGUGGAAAAAGCAAGUUUAUUGCCUUGAUUAUAGCUCGACUAUAGUGUUCGCGUCACUAAUAAAUUGGACAUGCCCAUCCCAGCACCGCCCUCCUGAUCACAUAAGGCUACAAGCCAAAUCAUAUGCUGAAGUGCACGAUGAAAUGUGCUAUAAAGUGUACAAAAAUGCUUGAAGCUGCUCUGUAGCGCAGGACUGAUGUUCUGAAAUCACCCGAAUGCCGUUUAAUCCGUUUAUUCUAUUUUAUUCUGCUGAAGUGCAAUCAGGAAAAACAAAAAAAAGCAAAUCCUGCACGGAACCUGAAAAUACUGCAGUAAGUUAUUGAAAUCUUCAGAACUCGGACUCGAGUUUAUUGCACUAUAUAGUGAGUGAAUGUAUCAGGGAUUGAAGCCUGUUUAAGAAGGUUAGAGAGACACUGUACAGCCAUGAGCACCAUCUCCAGCCCAACUCCACCAUCUCCAGCACCACACAUCUCCAUAUCAGAGCCAUCGAUAGAACUCUGAGGACGUCUGCUGUAAAAUAAAAAGUUGCCCAUGAAUGUGAUGUAUUUAGAGGUGAUAAUAAUAAUUUAUUUGGGUUUCAACAUUCAAGUCUUGAGAACACUGUUGCUAGGCACCUGGGAAACUCUGACGCUGAUCAUAAUCGAGCUAACAGUUUAGGUAAAUGAUUUAGAAAGCUAGCAAUGUACUGUGGGUUAAAACCAAUGUCUGGAUAUAUGAGUGGACAACAUGGUGACAUUCACUCCCAUUGUGUGUUUCUGAGUUAAAAUGGGAGCCGCCAUCUUGCAAAAACUAGCAUGUGCAGUAGAUAGAACCGGAUGGGCAGUGGUUCUGCAUUUAACCCACCCAUGUUAAAGACACAUCUGUUUGUGUGCUUCCACAAUCCAUGACCUAAAGUGCAACUUAAACCGGCGCAUCAGUGAACUCAAAGUGGUACAACAUCAUUAAUUAAUAUCCAACAUUCUAAACUGUAGUUGUAAAAAUUUUACAGCGAUAUUGAUUUUACUGUUGUCAUGAAAAUUUUCUUGCUUUGAGUCACGACUGACUGAGAUGAUGUUUGCUAGCUAGCCAGCUUGCGAUGUGUUUGCGAAUACUUAGCGAUGAAAAAUCAGUAACAUCGCCACCAAUUGUGUGAUGCACGGUGAAUGUGCUCCGAGCUUCAUGAGUUGUUUUUUGGUGUGUCUCUGCCUUGUGAGUGGCCAAAAACGUCACAAAAGAUUUCAAUGCAUGCACUGAAAUUUGGUGGUGAUGUUUUCAUCAGCAAACUAAGCAGCGAAUCCUCGCAGAUGGAUUUGGGAAUACUUCUCGAAGCUCAGGGAAGCAUCGCCAACAAACACCUCAUUCUCAUCAAUAACGCAUCGCGAGUUGUAAUGUGACCAUAGCAUUAGCAACAUCCUUUAAGUUCUGACACUUGCAGUAAGUUAAUGUCUUACCUUACCUCGGCAAUAUCAGGUGAAAAUUCAAAUUCAAUCCAAAUUGCUCUCAUUGAAUUCAGAAUUGAAUGCAGAACAACAUAUUUUUUACAGAAUUAAAAUGUUUAUCCGUUCUUGAGCUAUUGCAAAUGAAAGAUUGAAAAAACGCUUUAAUUUUUAGAAAACUGCCAUAAUAUUCUGUUUGAGGAUCCCAUGGUCCAAAAUGGACCUCAUUAACCAGUGAAAUCAAAUGUUUUUUCUUCAUAACUUUUUUUUAUUU